AUGGAGUCUGAUCAAUAUGAACAAGGUGGUGGAGAUGAUCAAGGUGAUGCAAAACAAGUGGUCAACCUUAGAUCCUACGAGUGCAAUUUCUGCAAGAGAGGUUUCUCUAAUGCACAAGCACUAGGUGGACACAUGAAUAUCCAUAGAAAAGACAAAGCAAAACUCAAACAACAAUCUUCAAAUAUGGAGGCAAAUUCUAGUGAUAUUCAAGAGGCAAACAAGUUAUUAUUACCAAACUUGAAUUCUAAUAUUGUUUUGUGUCAGUCUCAACAACAAGAUCAACACCAUGCUCCAAGAGAUGUUGAUGAAACUCUUGUGACUCAAGUGAGACAACAACUUCCACUUUUUUCUGAAUCACCAACAAAAAGUGAAAUGCAAAAGCCACAAUUAUCACAAGGUGAAACUACUACUGCUGCUACUAGUACUACAGAAGAGGCUUUGUUAUCGUCUGGUCAACAUUCUCCAAUGGAGUUAGACCUAGAACUGAGAUUAGGGCCUGAGCCACAUGAUUCAUCAGCACCAACUGGUACAAGAAAAUUCUUUUGA